AUGCUCUACGCCACAGGAAAGAUCAAAGAACUCACCCAUGAGUUAGGCCGCUAUGAGUGGGACAUCUUAGGACUAGCUGAAGUAAGAUGGAUGGGAUUUGGCAAGACACAGACGAAGGACACAAAGUCUGUCUACGCUUCAACAUCUGACUUUGAUGAUGAGCACACUGAAACCUUCUACGAAGAAAUAGGAAGCACCAUACAGAGAACGAAUAGGAAAGACUUCCUCAUAAUCCAGGGAGACUGGAAUGCCAAAGUGGGACCAGAUGCAUUUGACCAAUGGGCUGGAACUGUGGGACGUUUCGGUCUUGGGAAGACGAACGACAGAGGCUACAGACUUCUUGAGUUCGCAUGCAGCCAGAAACUCACCAUCGCUAACACACCCCAUACUCACAAACCAUCGAGGCGCGCAACAUGGCACUCACCCAACGGCAAAGUGCACAACCAGAUCGACUUCAUCCUCAUCCCACGGCGCUUUAAAUCGAGCAUCUACAUGGCUCAAACAAGGACCUUCCCAGGGGCCGCAGUCGGCAGCGACCACGACAUGGUCUUGCUCACGUUGAAGCUCAAGCUGAGAAGACAACAAGAGCAGAAGAUCCCACAGAUCCGCUAUGACAUCGGGAAAUUGCAAGAUCCAGCCGUUGCUGCAAGUUUUGAGGCACAGAUUAGUGGCAAGUUCGCAGCCUUGAAUCUCCUCCAGAACGAUAUCAACACCCUCACGGAAGAAUUCAAAGAAGUCUUGCAUGAAACUGCAGCGAAGGUGCUUGGUAAACCGAGGAAGAAGGAAAAACCCUGGCUCACUCCCAGAUGA